UGAGAUCUAGCAACGUGCGCUACAGCCUCUCUAUUUCCGCUGGAAAAAUAAACUAGAGCCAUAAGGCCGAGUGAGAAACAAAACGCGUGCAAAAAGCUUCCAACUCGAUUAAUUGCUAUCUCCGAAGCCAAGGGAAUUUUUCAACAACAAGCAAUAAUUAAAUACAUAAAUAAUAGCUAAAUAAUUAAGAGUCGUGUGUGUGUGUCAUGUCUCUAUAUGGCGAAUAUAAAAUAAACCCGAUUACAAUGUUAAAUGUGGAAACUUUGGGCACGCAAAGCGUUCUCCCAGCAGCGUAGACGCCGACUGAGGCAGAGCCAGCGGCAGCGACGUCGGCGUCGCAGUUCGCAUUGUGUAUAAUAAAAUUGGCGAAAGGCGAAAUGAAUUGAGCAGGCAGUGGAUAGAAAGGAGCGAAGGAGGAGGAGGGGAGCAGGAGCAGAAGAAGAAGCAGAAGGAGAAGGAGCGGCAGGAGCAGCAGCAGGACUAGAAAGCAGAAAGCCGAAGAUGUGCGCGCACAAUACAAAAAAUUACAAAGCAUACUUUUGGGAGCGGCAAAUGGCCAAAAUCAACAGAAACAGAAACAGCCAAAGCAACAGCAACACCAACACCAAAGCAGCGACGCCGGCUGAGGCAGCGACUGCGCCAGCAUCACUAAGUACAAAAACAAAAACAAAGUCAGAAGCAACAACGCAUCAACAACAGCAAAAACAACAGCGAUGUCACCAUUACAACGGAGCGUUCACAAAUAAGCAAUAGGUUAGAGCAAGAGGGCAUCAGAGAGCCUGGCGAAAGCGAGAGAGAGAGACAGGGAAAUAGAGAGCGCAAGUAAGGCCAGUGGAAAAAUGGCCAACGCCUUGCGUGGGUGCAGCCAAAAGGAUAAGCAGCGGAUGAAGGCAAACUAAACGACCAGCGAAUUAUAGAGGGAGAGCAAGAGAGAGCGAGAGAGUCGAAGAGAGAGAGAGAGAAAGAGCGAGAGCCAAAAUAUAAAGAGAAUCAUAAUCCCUACAGCUGGAAGGCAGAUAAAAUCACGUAUCCGCCAUGGAGCCGGUGAUGAGUUUGGCAUUGGCCGCCCACGGACCGCCUAGCAUACUGGAGCCGCUGUUUAAAACCGUAACCACGAGCACAACGACCACCACGACCACGACGACCAGCACGACGACGACGACGAGCAGUCCCGUGGCAGGAUAUGCGCCAGGAUAUGCGCCAGGCACGACCCUGCUCACGGCGAUCCUGGAGAACCUCACCUCGACGGCGGCCAGCGGUCUGUACGACCCGUAUGCGGGGCUGUAUGGCAACCAGACGAACGGCACCAUGGGCUUCGAGACGAAGGGUCCGCGCUACUCGCUGGCCUCCAUGGUGGUCAUGGGCUUCGUGGCGGCGAUUCUGAGCACGGUGACGGUGGCGGGCAAUGUCAUGGUGAUGAUCUCCUUCAAGAUCGACAAGCAGCUGCAGACGAUCAGCAACUACUUCCUGUUCUCGCUGGCCAUCGCGGACUUUGCCAUUGGUGCGAUAUCGAUGCCGCUGUUCGCGGUCACCACAAUUCUGGGCUACUGGCCGCUGGGUCCCAUUGUCUGCGACACCUGGCUGGCCCUGGACUACCUGGCCUCCAAUGCCUCCGUGCUGAACCUGCUGAUCAUCAGCUUCGAUCGGUACUUCAGCGUGACCCGACCGCUAACAUAUCGCGCCAAACGCACCACCAACCGGGCGGCCGUGAUGAUCGGCGCCGCCUGGGGCAUCAGCUUGCUGCUCUGGCCGCCGUGGAUCUACAGCUGGCCGUACAUCGAGGGCAAGCGGACGGUGCCCAAGGACGAGUGCUACAUCCAGUUCAUCGAGACCAACCAGUACAUCACGUUCGGCACCGCACUGGCCGCCUUCUACUUUCCGGUCACCAUCAUGUGCUUCCUCUACUGGCGCAUCUGGCGCGAGACGAAGAAGCGGCAGAAGGACCUGCCCAACCUGCAGGCGGGCAAGAAGGACUCCAGCAAGCGCUCGAACAGCAGUGACGAGAACACGGUGGUGAACCAUGCGUCCGGCGGCCUGCUGGCCUUCGGCCAAAUGGGCGGCAACGACCACGACACCUGGCGACGGCCGCGCUCCGAGAGUUCGGCGGAUGCGGAGAGUGUCUACAUGACCAACAUGGUCAUCGACUCCGGAUACCAUGGGAUGCACUCGCGCAAGUCAAGCAUCAAAAGCACGAAUACAAUCAAAAAAUCGUACACCUGCUUCGGCAGCAUCAAGGAGUGGUGCAUCGCGUGGUGGCACUCCGGUCGCGAGGACUCCGACGAUUUCGCCUACGAACAGGAGGAGCCUUCUGAUUUAGGGUAUGCAACACCAGUAACAAUUGAAACUCCUUUACAAAGCUCCGUCUCCAGAUGCACCUCGAUGAACGUGAUGCGGGACAACUACUCGAUGGGCGGCAGUGUGAGCGGCGUGCGUCCGCCCAGUAUUCUCUUGUCGGAUGUCUCGCCCACGCCGCUGCCACGCCCACCGCUCGCCUCCAUUUCGCAGCUGCAGGAAAUGGGUGCGGCCACGGCGAAUGUGAAUGCCAGUGGCAAUGGCAAUGGCAAUGGCAAUGGCGUUAUUAACAACAACAACAACAACAGUAACAACCAUAAUGGCAAUGGAACGGUAAAUGGAAAUGGCGGCGGUGGCGUCGGCGGAAACGGAAGUGGAAUCGGAAUCGGAACAGCCGGAAAUGCAGCGCACCGCGACUCACGCACACUGCCCGUGAUCAAUCGCAUUAACUCGCGUUCGGUGAGCCAGGAUUCGGUGUACACGAUACUCAUCCGCCUGCCAUCCGAUGGGGCAUCCAGCAAUGCGGCAAAUGGCGGGGGCGGGGGUGGUGUAGCACCUGCUGCCGCAACCUUGAGCCUGCAAGGCGACUGUGCCCCCUCCAUCAAGAUGAUACACGAGGAUGGGCCCACAACGGCGACUGCGGUGAAUGCCACAGCAGGGGCAUCUGGAGCAGCAGCAGCAGCAGCAGCAGUAGCACCUUCAGUCGCCACCCGACGACCUUUGCCCUCGCGCGACUCCGAGUUCAGUCUGCCACUCGGCCGCAGGAUGUCCCAUGCCCAGCACGAUGCCCGGCUGCUCAACGCCAAGGUCAUACCCAAGCAGCUGGGCAAAGGGGGCGUGCCAGUGGGCGGGGCGGCCGGGGCGCACGCCCUCAUGAACGCCCGCAAUGCGGCCAAGAAGAAAAAGAAAUCACAGGAGAAGCGGCAAGAGUCGAAGGCGGCCAAAACGUUGUCGGCCAUCCUGCUGAGCUUCAUCAUCACAUGGACACCGUACAACAUCCUGGUGCUGAUCAAGCCGCUGACCACCUGCUCCGACUGCAUACCCACGGAGCUGUGGGACUUCUUCUACGCCCUCUGCUACAUCAACUCGACGAUCAAUCCCAUGUGCUAUGCCCUCUGCAAUGCCACCUUCCGCCGCACCUACGUGCGCAUCCUCACCUGCAAGUGGCACACCCGCAAUCGCGAGGGCAUGGUGCGCGGCGUCUACAACUAGACUAGUACACAUAUUUGUAUCUAUGUAUUUACAUUUAAUCACCCACUCCAAUCUGAUCUGGCCAGAGUACCGGUUUAACUACUAGUAGUUGCAAUAAGUGUUGUGUGCUAACAUUUUUUGGGCGGCAGUAAAACCAAAACUAGGCUUAGUGAUUACCCAUAUUGACAAGCAGUACUGAUUUUUUGAUGUCUAGCCCCCGACUAUAUACACGCAUUACCAUUCGCGGAGGGGUUGCCUUUUCAUUGUUUGCCAGAACUGAGGUUUUCGAUGGUUUCACAAGUUAAAUUAGCAGUUAAAUUAUGCAAGAGAAUUGCCAUCAGCUAAAUCUCUUGAUCUCAAGUUCAACCUACUGCUUCCAAACAUGCCAAAGAUCUCAUUUAGGUAUCUUUAGAUUUAAUUCCCCAGGCAACCCUCUCCCAGCACCUAUCCAUCAAAGUGUAAAUCACCAACCAAUGAUCAUGAUGAAUCAUGAAACCGAAAAGCGAGAGAUUCCAAUUUGUUAGGCGUUUACGUACUGUUAGGUAGGCACAUGCUCGAUGCAAAAAGAAUUUAAUAAAAAAUAUAGUGGAUUACGAUUUGCAAUUCAUACACAUACACAUAUAUAUAAGGAUAUAUUAUAUUAUAUUAUAUAUUUAUUAUUAUAUACAUGGCAAAUGAGUUUAGCUUAAGUUGUUGGCGAGGGGCAGAGAGGCGAAAACCCAAAAAGCUUUAAAACAAGUUCAAAGUAGGAAGGAUUAAGUUCUGGUUGCAACUUGGCCAACCAGUGGCAAAUAUGUUAUAUGUUAUGUUCUCGUUCCGAUUUUCGUUGUGUAGGUUGCGGAGGGGAUAUGAUAUGUAUUUAAUCGUAGGGGGAAUAUUGUGAUUGUACUGCUCGUUUUCGAUAGUUUGAAUCGGUUUUUUUUUUGUGUACAAUACAUGUGUGUAGAAACCAAAAAAAAAAGCGUCAAAUCAAUUUGUAGACACAUACCUGCUAAAAUAUCUGAAUAUGUAUGUAUAAAAUUACGAUUAUUUGUAUGUAUUAAGAACGCAACCCACCAUGGUUCAACAACUAAGAACAAACCUUUUGUAAAUGACGAAAAAAAAAACCAAGAGUAAACCACAGUAACGCAAGCAAUAUGUUUGGGAAAUGUGUCGAAGAGAUGGCCCAGUUGAGGAGGGAUCAGGCGAUCAGGUGAUCAGGUGAUCAGGAGUACGGAUUCGGGGCGGGGAACUGGGGGGCCGGAACUGGGACGGAAUAGUAUUUAAAUAUAUAACCCACUAGGUUGUGCUGAACGUGGCCAAUCCAUCGACUGGCGGACCAUCUCUUUGGACAACAGCCUCGAAUCGUACCACAAACUCAUAGCUGUUAAACCAUAAAUGCUUCUUCGAAGUGCACCAAUUCCAGUAACUAAACUAAACGUAAACCGCAAGCAUAUUUAAAGCAUAUGAGAGAGUAAAAUACAUACAGUGUAAGCCAAAAAAAAAA